CAAAAAAAAAAAAAAGGAGUCAUUGACCACACAAGGAUAUGAAUUAUGGUCCAACUCCAAGCAUAUAUUCCAUAAUAAGCACAUGAUUUGCUAACCUUAUAAAUAAUGCACUGUUUUCUUUUUGUCAUUUCUUUUCUUUUAUCAUCAAACACUUUUUUCUUUCUAAAUUAAAUAACUAAAUAUGGGCGCCUCUCAUUCAACUGAUAAAGACGACAAAAAAUAUUGCCUUGUAGAUUACGGCACUUGGACACCACUUGGCUUGUACGAAGAGAAUGACGAAUGUGAUUUAAAGCUCGUACGAGAAUUAAUUUCAGCAAAAAGAUUAGCUCCUUUCUACAAAGGAUUAUCCAGUCCUACACAGCAAUGCUUUCACAAUGAGAUCAUCACAAAGGAUACCCGAAAACUUGUAAAGCCAAAAGAUUACACUGCAUUUAUAAAGAAACAUGAAAAAACGGUUUUUGAUAACAUUUACUUUAAUUCUGUUGAAUGUCCACUAUGUUUUCUGUUUUAUCCCGGUAAUAUCAAUUACGCUCGCUGCUGCGAUCAACCUAUCUGCACCGAAUGUUUUGUGCAGCUUAAAAAAGCGCCUGCUGAUUCUACCAAGCAGAUGGCUUGUCCUUACUGCAUGACACUGGACUUUGGGAUUAUCUAUCAGAAACCUGAAGCCGUAACUGAAAAGAAUAUCCAAAUCAUUUCAACAACAUCGGGCCAUUGUCAAAAGAAACUGACAAAAAGAAAGACAAUUGAAUCGGAUAAUCCUGAUGUAGUACUUAUUGGUAUGGCAACCCCUCUUUUUUUUUUCUUCUUUAUGCGCUCAACUAUAUAUUAAAACCGGCUUGUUUUUUUUUCUUGUGCACAAUAUCAUUUAGAUCAUGUGAGAAAGCAAGAUAUGAAUGAAAAAGAUUUAUUGAUUAGAGCUAAUUCAUUACAUACUUGGUUUCAAUCAAGGUCUGUCUCGCCGUCACUUGACAGGCACCUGAGCUCACUUCGAGUAGAAACCAUGAGUUUACAAGAUAUCAUGGUCAUUGAUUCUAUCCGUCAAUCUCUCAUUGAUAAGGAACAAUCUCGCUUAAAUAUAUAAUAAAAAGGAUUUCCCAGGAUCUUUU